AUGGCAAAUAAGAGCAAUCUUUCUGCUUGCUUUAACGUCUUGACUCAAAAAGGGUUAGACUGGUAUGUGGAGAGUUAUGCGAUUCCUAAAUCGCUAAACCCUGUACUUCCGAAAAAGAAUACACCUAUCUAUCCUUUCGUUCCAGGGAAGAUUGGGAUUUAUACUCGUUUUUUCGAUUACUGUAACUGUCGUCUGCCCCUGACGAAAUUCCUGGUUGAGGUUUUACUUUUUCACGAAGUACACUUGACUCAGGUGAAUCCUUUUGGCCUUGCCAAGAUUAGUCACUUCGAGUUGGCUUGUCGUAGCUUAGGAUCCGAGCCGGAUUUGGAUGUGUUCCGGGCCUUCUAUAAGUUGAAUCGAUCCGGAAAUUGGUAUACCUUUGAGGUUAGGGAUAAGAAUUCAUGCUGCUAUACAUGGAUCACCACGAGCUUAAAGGACUGGAAAGACCGCUUUUUUCUAGUUGACGACCGAUGCGUUCCGGAGUUCAUGGUGUGGAGGAUAAAAAAGUCGAAACUACCGCCUCCUCUUCCGGAGGAUUUCUCGUAUAACAAGAAGUUGUACGCCGAUCUGAUAAAAGAGGCCGGACGUAUACAGAAAUAUCCGGAACACAUCCUCGUCAUGGGUUGGAUUAGCACGAUGUGGUCUGAACCGGAGUGGUAUCCUACCCUUCGGUGGAACAAAGAGGAUAUUGCUUAUUGUUUGUCUUCUUGUGCAGUUAUGGGUUUGAAGGAGGCGCUUAGAUUGAAGUCCUUCGAUUCGAAAGAGUUGGAUGUUCGUGCUACCAAGACUCCGAAGGGUGAGACCCCGUACUUGCAACUUGUGCAACAGAAUCUUUACCCGAUUCGUGCGCCAGAGGCUCCUGGUGAUCAAGGUGGUUCGGGUUCGGUCCCUACCGCGUCACCUGUUGCUCAAAUUCAUGCGACGGUUGCGGCGGAUGAUGCUGGGGGUCGGGAAGCUGGUUCGUCGAUGACGAAAGGUUCUGGCUCUAAAAUUAUUAUUGAGGAUGAGGGGGUCCAUCUUUCUGUUGAAGACACCGAGGUACAUGCUAGUGGUGAGAAAGGAGGAAACGAUCAGAACGAGGGUGAAGACAUCGGAGGGGAUGGUGAAAAUGGAGAUGAACAGCCUCAGAUUGUUUUGAAAAGAAAACGGGCUGCUCCCACCAAAUCUGACCCGAAGGCCAGGCAGCCGAAAAAGACGAAGGCCGACUUUAAAGUGGUUACACUUGAUGACGACGAUCAUGUUACUGCGUUUUCUACUGCUGGAGGUGUACUAGAGAAUUUGGACGCUCAUCUCCACGAGGGCCGCACCCCACGGGAUCAUCUUCUGCAAACUCCUUUGAGUCUGUUGUCCUUCGGUGAGGGUGGUGCCAAGGUUGUUACGGAUUUACGCACCUCCGAUCCAAAGAAAGCCGUGCCUUCUCCUUCGGGUAAGUUUACUACGGGAGUUGCAUCCAACGUGUCUAGGCCGAGCUCUUCGCCGUUUGAUGGUGGGGACAGUGCUUCUUCCUCCCCUCUGUGGUAUGACACUGAGGCUGUGUUCUUGUCUCGAGAAUUAGGUUCUGGUGGUUUUGAGGGCGCGGAUGCAGCUAAUGCUUUGGAGAAGUACGUACCGGAGUGGUCGUUGGCGAAUAAAGAUAGGAUUGUGGAUGCCCUCUCGGCCAAGAUGUCUUUGUUCCACCUGGGAACUCCUGCGGAGCAUUCUUAUUACCGCAAGAUGAGUGGGCCGGAACUUGGGAAUACCUUGAUGCUGAAUCAAGCUCAAUCAAACUCCCUAGUGGUAGAGACGUACAAGCGUUGGGUUGAGUCGGAGUCGUUGUGUCACAAGCUUAAACGUGAGAUUGCCAGCUUGAAGGGUGAGGGCGAUGUUCGAUCCAAAACGAAACAGGAACUGGUGUCCCUGCGAUCUCAAAUCGAUCGACUGAAAGGGCAGGUGUCGGAAGCUAAAGAAGUUACUAAGUCCUCUCAAGCUUCGGCCGCGGCGGCCUAUGAAGCUCGUGACAAGGCUCUUCAGGAUUUAGAGGCCCUUAAGUUGAAGUUUGCUGAUUUGGAGAAAAAAUUGUCCAACGUAGAGAUGAAGCAUGCCGCCGAACUGAAGGAGAUGCGGACAUCACAUGAUCAACUUUUGGCUGAUUAUCAUCGCUUGGUCGAUGCUAAAGACGAAGUUGAGAGAGCUCGCGACAGGGAGAUCGAGUCGCACAAGACAACGAUUGAUGAAGCAAGAGGGAUGUUGAUCCGGUGCGAGCGUGAUAUGAUUGAAGCAUAUUCGGAACUGUCGGAGCUGAAACUUACCAAGCAGUGGUUCUUGACAGAUGGGGUCGCAUGGGUUGUCAAGUUGGUGCAUCAGAGCCCCGAAUUGGAGAAGGUGGUUGCUGAUUUGGUCAACAGCGUUAACGCGGUUGGGGCGAACGAAGGGAUAAAACAAGGUUUCAAAGCCGCGCAGGAACUGGUUGGUUCGGCGGAAGAGGUUCCGGGCUACGAUGCCGGAGCUCAGAGUGCCUUGGAAGCUGCGGUGAAAGCUUUUGACGAACUCAAAAUCUCUGUUCUCGACAAAGUAUCCGAUUUGAUAGGCGAGCCUCUAUCGGUUAUUCAACAGAGAAGCGAACUUCCCAUUGUUGGGGAUGAUGAUAAUAUAGCUCAAGUUUAA